GGACGGAACAUUAUGUACGACGGACAAGCAUGUGUACCCGUGUUGCUGUGCGUCAGAUUCUUCGGUGGAGUGUGAGAAAUGCCUCCUCCUCUGUGUUCAGUCCUCUCCAGUCUGAGAGAUACUGCCUCCAGUCUCUAUGCAGAUUGUUGUGUUCCUCUUCCAACCAGAGCUCAGAGCACAACCAUGAAGUCUCUCCGCUCACAAGGAAACCAGUUCCUGAGCUGUCCCUGCGCUCACUGAUUGAUAUGGGUUUUACAGACACCCAGGCAGAGCAGAUGUUUGAGUCUGUGUCCAGUGUCAGAGGAGGAGGUGCUGCCAAACAUACUCUGUCAACGCUCACAGUUCUGUUUAUGUUGGGGCUGAACCCCACCAAUGUGCAGAAACUGCUGGACAAAUGUCCCGAACUGCUCACUGUCGGAGAAACACAACUUCAACAGCGCAUAAGCAAUCUGCGGAAACACGGCUUAGGUGAAGGCAGUCUUCAGAGAAUGGUAGCCUAUUACCCCAAGAUCCUGACUGUGCCUGUGAAGACAGUAAAAUAUGUGGUGGCGUUCCUCAAAGAGAGGUGCCUGUUUACUACCCAGCAGGUCACAGACAUCCUCAGAAGCAGUCCAGCAGUCGUACUGGAGGACCUGGAUCAGCUGGAGUACAAGUUUCAGUAUGCGUACUUCCGAAUGGGCAUCAAACAGGCAGAGAUGGUGAAGUUCAGGCUGUUCCGCUUCACUCUGGAUGAGGUGCGAUGUCGGCACUGUUUUCUGGAGCGACGGGGCCUCUACCAAACCCCAGACAAGAAAGGACAGACAAUCAUCAAAAACCCCAAAAUGGACAGCAUCCUUAACGUUGACCUGGACGCUUUCCUCACACAUGUUGCCCAGGCGACAGCAGAGGAGUAUGGUGUGUUUCAGAAACUGUUAUCAAGAGAGUGGCAGGAAGAGGAGCUGCAGCAGGGCAAGAUUGAAGCUGAUAGUGAUGCUGAUGAUGACGAAGAAGAUGACGAUGAAGAAGAGCAGAACAGAGGAAAAAGAGGAUAUAUGAAUAGGAGAAAAAAAUGAGUGAAUUGAGAGAUGCUGAAAUAUUUUCUGUGAAAUGACACGAUUAGAGAGAAUGAAUCAUCUGAUAUAAUCAAUAAAAUGUUCCCUGAGGGUUGUUAUUAA